UGAGGUUUGCAGAUUGUGGCCUGGGCAACAGGGUUCUGUUGGAGGUGGGCGACGCUGUGGACUUCAGGCUGGGUGAAGAUGGCAUGGUGUACGCCCGGCACGCCCUCCGUCUGGCGGACAGGAAGAGAGCCUUCUUAGUGGUGCGAGCGAGGGAUCAGGAAACCAAGGAGGAGUGGAACACACGCGUUCACCUCCAGCUCCGGACAGACGGACAGGGAGACACGACAGAACACAACAAACAGGUAUGGAAAGAAUAGAAUAUCACAAUUGGUCAUUUAGCAGAAGCUUUUAUCUAUUCAAGGUGACCCUUUUGGUUCCAGGUAUACCAUUCUGGUUUCCAUGUAGAACCCUUUCCACAUAGAGGAUUCUACAUGGAACCCAAAAGGGUUCUACUUGGAACCAAAAAGGGUUCUCCGGUAGGGACAGUCAAAGAAUCCUUUUGGAACCCUUUUUUCUAAGAGUUUAGGUAUGGAGAAAAGACACAUGAAUAAUUAUAAUGUGGAGAUGGAAGUCAGAGGAGCAGUUCAUCAUAAGGCUACAUUAUCCAUCAGUCAAUUAACCAAGUUUCCCGACCACUCUUACUUAUUUAUAAGGAUUCACUAAUGUUACAUUUACUAAAUAAAAAUUCACAGCCCACUCUGUUAGCCUUUGAUGGCUAGUGAAGUGCUGAUAACCACAGAAACAAGACAGCUCUCGCUACAGUACAGCCAUCCUAAAUGGCACCCUAUUCCCUAUAUAGUGCACUACACCCUAUGAGUGCCCUGGUCAAAAGUAGUGCACUAUAUAGGGAAUACAUUGCCAUUUGGGACGCACACAUAGCAUCUGAUGCUGCUGCCUCCUGUGUGUAAAUUAGAGAAAUAAGUAGGUCGUCUCUAUAAGGGGAGACAUUAAAGAGCCACUACAGCGACCUGUUCACAUCUCCCAGUAAAAAUGUUCCCAGAAAUAGUGCAGUGCAAUAUACUUACUGUGUCCAUUACAGUCUCUCAGCCUUCUGUGGGAGCAGUGAAAACAGUGUGAGAAAGGAAAAAGCUGUUAAAAACAACACCAAUAUGAAACCUGUGAAUAAAAGCUAUGAAAUGUAACCAGUGGAGUGUUAGGCAGCUAUUAGUCAGCUAGCUCUCUUAACAGACUGAUGGAGCAGAAUACUCUGAGAGAAGGGAGGGAGGGAGGGUUUGGUGAGAGGGAGAGAAAAGAUGGAGUGAGAUUUGGGGGAAGGAAGCAGGAGAGAGAGAAGGAUAAGGAUAGAUGUAUAGAGAAAGAGAAAAAUAGAGAAGGGAUGAGCUGGAGGGAUAGAGCUGGAGGGAUAGAGAUAGAGGGAUAGAGAUGGAGGGAUAUAGAUGGAGAAGUGGGGAAAGAUGGAGGAUAGAGGGAGGAAUAGAGAGGGAUAUAAGAGGAUAGAUGGGGAUGGAGGUUGAGGGAUAGAUGGAGGGAUAUAGAUGGAGGGAUAUAGAUGGAGGGAUAUAGAUGGAGGGAUAUAGAUGGAGGGAUAUAGAUGGAGGGAUAUAGAUGGAGGGAUAUAGAUGGAGGGAUAUAGAUGGAGGGAUAUAGUUGGAGGGGUAUAGAUGGAGGGAUAGAGAUGGAGGGAUAUAGAUGGAGGGGUAUAGAUGGAGGGAUAUAGAUGGAGGGAUAUAGAUGGAGGGAUAUAGAUGGAGGGGUAAGGUGGAGGGGUAGAGAUGGAGGGAUAUAGAUGGAGGGGUAGAGGUGGAGGGGUAGAGGUGGAGGGGUAGAGGUGGAGGGGUAGAGAUGGAGGGGUAGAGGUGGAGGGGUAGAGGUGGAGGGGUAUAGAUGGAGGGGUGGAGAUGGAGGGGUAUAGUUGGAGGGGUAUAGUUUAGGGGUAGAGAUGGAGGGGUAGAGAUGGAGGGGUAUAGAUGGAGGGAUAUAGAUGGAGGGGUAGAGAGUGGAGGGGUAUAGUUGGAGGGGUAUAGUUGUAGGGGUAGAGAUGGAGGGGUAGAGAUGGAGGGGUAUAGUUGGAGGGGUAGAGAUGGAGGGGUAUUAGAUGGAGGGAUAUAGAUGGAGGGGUGAGUAGGGGUGGGGGGUAUAGUUGGAGGGUUGGUAUAGUUGGAGGGGUUUAGUUUAGGGGUUGGUGGAGGGGUGAGGUGGGGUAGGGGUAUGAUGGAGGGGUGGAGAUGGAGGGUUUAGAUGGAGGUUGGUAUGAGAUGGAGGGGUAUUAUGUGGAGGGGUUAGAUGGUGGUAGGGGUUAGAGAUGGAGGGGUAUAGUUGGGGGGUAUAGUUUAGGGGUUAGGAGGAGGGGGGUGUGAUGGGGGUUUAGUUGGAGGGUUAUGUUGUGGUAGUGGGGUAGAGUGGAGGGGUUUAGAGAUGUGGGGGUCUCGCUGGGGCUUUGCUGGCGGUGUUGCUGGCGGGUUCGCUGUGGUGGGGCUGGGUUAUGUUGGCGGGGUCUGUUUCGGGGUCUAGCUGGCGGGGUAGGAGGGGGGUCGGAUUGGAGGGGUGGGUGGCGGGAUAGAGAUGGAGGGGUAUAGUUGGAGGGGUGGAGAUGGAGGGAUAUAGAAAGAGGAUGUGAUGUCUAAGAGAGAUCCUAUUAAAUUACAUGGGUAAUUAACUAAGUAUUUUAAUUCCUAAUUCUAUGGCUAAUUCUAUGACAUAAACAGAGCGUGCGUGUGUGUGAGAGAGAGAGAUAUUUUGUUUUUGUAUGUUUCUUUUCUUCCUGGUGUUUUCUGGAAUAACUUCUUGAUGUGUGUGGGUUUGUCAGAGAAAUCUGUCUGUGUGUCUAUAUUUUUGUCUUUGUCUGUAUGUUGGUGUGUAACAUGUUUUUCUCUGCAGGUGAACUCCAGUGAUGCAACUGUGAUCAUGUUUCCAUGGCGCAGCGUGGUCGUCAGGGGUGAUGGAUCUCUGAGGCGGGUAAAGAGGGACUGGGUCAUCCCCCCCAUCAACGUCCCCGAGAACUCACGAGGACAGUUCCCAGAGGAGCUAGUCAGGGUAGGACACACACACGGUUCAGAGGACACAUUUCACACACAUUUCCCAGGGGUGCUAAUCAAGGGAAGACAAACACACUGUCACGCAAAGUCUGUCAUUUGGCCACUAGCGCAGAGGGUUUCAUAGAGUGUGUGUUUGUGUGUUAAUGUAGCUCAGUUGGUAGAGCAUGGCGCUUGCAACGCCAGGGUUGUGGGUUCGUUUCCCACGGGGGGGCCAGUAUGAAAAUGUAUGCACUCACUAACUGUAAGUCGCUCUGGAUAAGAGCGUCUACUAAAAUGUAAAUAUAAUGUUUUGUGUGUAUGUACAGUGUAUGUGUGUAGCGCUCACUAUUUCCGCCUGACACCAUCUGCUGGUAUGAUAUUUAUAUUAGAAUCUGUGGAGAGACAGGGGGUUAAUGGAAGGGUUCUAGUGAUUUAUACGUGUUUCAUUAAGGUUUAUGGUGCAUCUGCUGCUUCCUGUCUGUACUGUAUAGCCUAUGUAUGGUGUUGAGUGGAGCUAAAUAUGUUUUAAAUAAAAGUGUGGUUGUGUAACUGUAUCUAAAGUGGGAAUAUCUCUCCCUCCCUCCCUCCCUCUUGCUCUCCCACUCGCUCUCUCUUUCCCCCUGUGGUCUAGAUCCGGUCGGACCGUGAUAAGAACCGUCUCCUGCGGUACAGUGUGACUGGACCCGGUGCUGACCAGCCUCCGACCGGGAUCUUCAUCAUCAACCCUAUCUCUGGUCAGCUCUCUGUGACCAAACCCCUCGACCGCGAACACAUCUCCAACUUCCAUGUAAGUGUGUAACUGGGGUUGCAAAAUUCUGGUAACUUUCCCAAAAUUCCCAGGUUUUUCAGAAAUCCUGGUUGGAAGAUUCACUGGAUCAGGAGGGAAUCCUAUAUAGAGAAUCCCUCUGACCACAUUAUUUGCUGCCAAUUGCUGGUGUAUGUAAAACGUCACACUGAGGUAGUUGGACAGGAAACUUCAGUCUGAGAAUGUUACCUUUUAUCUGCAGUACACAAACAGGCACACAUGCACACACACUGAGACACACUCAAGCAACUCUAGCUCUGAUCUGCAGGCAGGACAUUUGGAUGAAGGGUGGGGCUCCCUCAUGAAUAUUCAUACAGUGUGAUGUAGUUGUCAGAGUCACUGAAGCUCUGUCAUGAAUAUAUUCAUGAGCUGUUGCGGUGGCAGUACUGGAGACUCGGUAUAAAGAGCAGCACAGACAGUAUAGCAGCUAUGAGACAGGGCACAGGGUGAGGGUACUGUAACAGCAGUAUGUUAUGGCAGCUACUCCUCCCUGCCUAGCGGUAGGCCUCUCUACCUCUCUGCCAUGGCUGUUUUGGAGACAGGUACUGGGGAGGGUAAUCUGCUUUUUCCAUGUAUUGCUCUCUGUUAGAGAGCAGUAGUUGAGAGGCCCUAGGAGAGAAACACUUAAGGGUCUUUAGAUCCACCCUUGAGAGGCCAAGUGUACACUAACCUCAGUCAAUGGCCCCGUUCCAAUCCCAAUACCUCACACCCUUCCUCUCUCUCUGCCCUUGGAGGCUUGAGCUCUGAAGUGUAAGCAAUAUGUAGGGCGUUCACUCACCGCUCUAGAAUGUAGUGAAAUAUGGGUAAAUUCAAGAGGGUGCUCCUACAUUUAUGUCUAAACCUAGUUUUCUUUAGCCUAUGUCAUUAUGAAUCACAUACAAUUAAUUAUUAGAUUGUUCUCUACAAUAUUACAACCUUAAUAUUCUUGUACUUAACAGUAUUGAGUAAAUAAGAACGUUAGUUUGUUGUGACCAUUGCUACUUUAGACCGUGCAGCUCUUGGUUGCAUCUCUUCCAUAUUUUGGCGUUGGAGGUGAUAACAUUAGGAGGCGUUUCCACACUUUGGACCAAUCAAAAUCAACUUGAUACCUCGUAAUUUUCAUCUCCAGAUCCGUGGCUUUCUAUUCCUCUAACCCCGGUCAAUCAAUAUUGAGAGGGUCGUUUCUAUGGUAAUUUAAAGGGGAUGACUCAGAAAUUCACAAUGAAAACUGGAACAGAUUUUUAGGAUAGAUAUUGAAAUUGAGUCAGUUAGCUAUGUUAAUUAAUAUAUAUAUAUAUAUAUAUAUAUAUAUAUAUAUAUAUAUAUAUAUAUAUUUGGCUCAAUUGUCACGACUGUCUGUGAGAUGCGGUAAACGAAGUCAGGCGCAGGACACAGAACUCUCGGAUACGUACUUUUAAUACGAAAAGGAUCCAAAAGGACACAGAAAAUAACUCCACGCAGGGAGGAAAUAACCCGUUCACAAAAUAGACAACCGUGAAGGGGAAAACAAUCACACACAAAGUACAGAUGAGAGACAGGGGUAAUUAUAAGGGAAACAAUUAACAUAAUGACGAACAGGUGUAAACAAUACAGACAAAACUAAACAAACACCGAUAACAUCGAACGGCAGCAGCUAGUACUCCGGGGACGACGAACGCCGAAGCCUGCCCGAGCAAGGAGGAGGAGCAGCCUCGGCAGAAUCCGUGACAUCAAUUUUGUUUUGUAUUCUGUGGAUUUCAUUUAGAAAAAGCCACUUUUAUCACACAUGAACCUGCAGCCACUAAUUAGCUUCUAAGUUGACGUUUGAAGUUUGCUCCAUGGGCAGAAAGGCGCUGUGACAGAGUUAUAUUGAGUAGCGACCACUUUUUCACCAUGGCCAUAAUUACAUUCUAUUCACUCUAAUUAUGCUAAAUUCUCGGAGUAAAUCGUCAUCUAACUUUUUAACUAUACAGUGCCUUCAGAAAGUAUUCAGACCCCUUGACAUUUUCCACAUUUUGUUACGUUACAGCCUUAUUCUAAAAUGGAUUAAAUAAAUACAAAUCCUCAGCAAUCUACACGCAAUACCCCAUAAUGACAAAGCGAAAACAGUUUUUUAUACAUUUUAGCAAAUGUAUAAAAAAUUAUAAACAGAAAUGCCUUAUUUACAUAAGUAUUCAGACCAUUUCCUACUAAACUCGAAAUUGAACUCAGGUGCAUCCUGUUUCCAUUGAUCAUCCUUGAUGUUUCUACAACUUGAUUGGAGUCCACCUGUGGUAAAUUCAAUUGAUUGGACAUGAUUUGAAAAGGCACACACCUGUCUAUAUAAGGUCCCACAGUGCAUGUCAGAGCAAAAACCAAGCCAUGAGGUCGAGGAAUUGUCCGUAGAGCUCCGAGAUAGGAUUGUGUCGAGGCACAGAUCUGGGGAAGGGUACCAAAACAUUUCUGCAGCAUUGAAGGUCCCCAAGAACACAGUGGCCUUCAUCAUUCUUAAAUGGAAGAAGUUUGGAACCACCAAGACUCUUCCUGAGCAAUCGGGGGAGAAGGGCCUUGGUCAGGGAGGUGACCAAGGCACCAUCCCUACGGUCAGGGAGGUGACCUGGCACCAUCCCUACGGUGAAGCAUGGUGGUGGUAGCAUCAUGCUGUGUCUUUCAGCAGCAGGGACUGGGAGACUAGUCAGGAUCGAGGCAAAGAUGAACGGUGCAAAGUACAGAGAGAUCCUUGAUAAAAACCUGCUCCAGAGUGCUCAGGACCUCAGACUGGGGCGAAGGUUCACCUUCCAACAAGACAAUGACCCUAAGCACACAGCCAAGACAACGCAGGAGUGGCUUCGGGACAAGUCAAUGAAUGUCCUUGAGUGGCCCAGCCAGAGCCUGGACUUGAACCCGAUCGAACAUCUCUGGUGAUACCUGAAAAUAGCUGUGCAGCAACGCUCCCCAUCAAACCUGACAGGGCUUGAGAGGAUCUGCAGAGAAGAAUGGGAGAAACUCCACAAAUACAGGUGUGCCAAGCUUGUAGCGUCAUACCCAAGAAGACCCGAUGCUGUAAUCGCUGCCAAAGGUGCUUCAACAAAGUACUGAGUAAAGGGUCUGAAUACUGAAAAUGUCGAAAUACCUAUUUUUGCUUUGUCAUUAUGGGGUAUUGUGUGUAGAUUGAUGAGGGGAAAAAACGAUUUAUUCAAUUUUAGAAUAAGGCUGUAACGUAACAAAAUGUGGAAAAAGUAAAGGGGUCUGAAUACUUUCCGAAGGCACUGUAUAUGGUAGAAACAAAGGGUUUGGACUAUUGUUUCUCUGAUGCAAUUCUCUAUUGAAUGAACAUGUUUUCAGAAACAUUGAAUUAAAUAAUCAUUUUAUGGGUGAACACCCUACUUUAUGCUGAAAACUAUACCUAGCCUAUCCAAGGUCUAUGUGGAGAUAUUGCCAUAUUGCUUACACAUACAUAAUCCUUUCUGAUCCAUGUGAGAGAGAAAACAACAGAAGAGGCAAAGUCAUGAGUUAUAGAAUUGGAGUCCUCACAACAGCUUUUCCCUAACCCUGAGUUUGUCUCUGUCUGUGUAGCUGUGAGCCCAUGCCAUGUCAUUCCCUAACCGUGUCCUAACCCUGAUCCUCUAUCUGUCCCUCUAGCUGCGAGCCCAUGCUGUGGACCUGAAUGGGAACCAGAUAGAGAACCCCAUAGACAUCGUCAUCAAUGUCAUAGACAUGAACGACAAUAGACCAGAGUUUACACACACCAUCUACAACGGAUCAGUACCAGAGGGCUCCAAACCAGGUAAAAACACACACACACACCUGAGUGGCGCACCGGUCUAAGGCACUGCAUCUCAGUGCUUGAGGCGUCACUACAGACCCCCUGGUUCGAUUCCAGGCUGUAUCACAACCGGCCGUGAUUGGGAGUCCCAUAGGGCGCCGCACAAUUGGCCCAGCGUUGUCCGGGUUUGGCCAGUGUAGGCCGUCAUUGUAAAUAACUUAACUUAACUGACUUGCCUAGUUAAAUAAAGGUAAAAUAAAAAACACACACUCACGCACACAUACAGUCAAUUUUUUAUUGACUGCUUGGUUUGCGUUCCCAGGGUCCUUUGUGAUGACAGUGACAUCAGUGGACAAGGACGACCCUAAAACAGCCAAUGGGAUGCUCCGAUACAAGAUUAUAUCUCAGAACCCUGAGAGUCCCUCUUCCAACAUGUUCACCAUCAACAACAAGACAGGAGGCAUCAUCACCGUAGCAGCAGGCCUCGACAGAGAGGUGGGUGGGUGUUUGUGUGUGUGCGCGUGUGUGUGUGUGUGUGUGUGUGAUGUGUAUCAAUGUGUACACCAUAACAAAAAAGAUCCUGUUGUUUCUACCGUAAUUUACUGGCACCCUCCUGUAAGAUACUGUAAGAAAAAAAAGUUAUCUUUGGUUUAACAGUACAUUAUGUUUACAGGUAACUGGCUGCCAGUAAGUUACUGUAAAAACAACAGCAUUUAUUUUACACUGUAUGAGUUUGUGUUUACAUACUGACUGUCUAGGUUAUUCUCUGUAAUCUGAACCUGUCCCCUCUUGUUUUCCUCCUUCCAGAAAGUUCCUCAGUACACGCUGAUCAUCCAGGCUACUGACAUGGAGGGGAACCCCACCUACGGCCUGUCUAACACAGCAACAGCUAUCAUCAGGAUCAGUGACGUCAAUGAUAACCCCCCAGAGUUCACCGCUGACACAGUAAGUCACACACAGACAGACAGACAGACAGACACACAGACACAAAGACACAGUACAAAUAAAUACACACACACACACACACACACACACACACACUUUCUUUCUCACACACAUCAAAGAACACCAAAUAAAUAAUCUUUCAACAAAAAACAUUACCAAAGUUUAUUUAUCAUAUUAUUGAGCAGGAUUUUUCAUCUCUCACUCCCUCAUCACUCUCCCCCCUCCCCCUCCCUCUGUAGUUCUAUGGAGAGGUGCAUGAGAACCGUGUGAAUGUGAUCGUAGCUAACCUGACAGUAACAGAUAAGGACCAGCCCCAUACUGCAGCGUGGAGGACUGUGUACAGGAUCACCGCUGGAGACCCCACUGGACGCUUCUCCAUCCCGACUGACCCCACCACCAACGAGGGACUGGUCACUGUGGUCAAGGUAGGACACAGCACAGCACAUAUACACUACCGGUCAAAAGUUUUAGAACAUACUACUCAUUUUCUUUAUUUUUACUAUUUUCUACAUUGUAGAAUAAUAGUGAAGACAUCAAAACUAUGAAAUAACACUUAUGAAAUCAUGUAGUAACCAAAAAAGUGUUAAACAAAUCAAAAUAUAUUUAAUAUUUGAGAUACUUCAAAUAGCCACCCUUUGCCUUGAUGACAGCUUUGCACACUCUUGGAAUUAUCUCAACCAGCUUCACCUGGAAUGCUUUUCCAACAGUUUUGAAGGAGUUCCCACAUAUGCUGAGCAUUUGUUGGCUGCUUUUCCUUCACUCUGCGGUCCGACUCAUCCCAAACCAUCACAAUUUGGUUGAGGUCGGGGGAGUGUGGAGGCCAGGUCAUCUGAUGCAGCACUCCAUCACUCUCCUUCUUGGUAAAAUAGCCCUUACACAGCCUGGAGGUGUGUUGGGUCAUUGUCCUGUUGAAAAACAAAUGAUAGUCCCACUAAGCCCAAACCAGAUGGGAUGGCGUAUCACUGCAGAAUGCUGUGGUAGCCAUGCUGGUUAAGUGUGCCUUGAAUUCUAAAUAAAUUAUAGACAGUGUCACCAGCAAAGCACCCCCACACCAUAACACCUCCUCCUCCAUGCUUUACGGUGGGAAAUACACAUGUGGAGAUCAUCCGUUCACCCACACCGCGUCUCACAAAGACACAGCGGUUGGAACCAAAAAUCUCAAAUUUGGACUCCAGACUAAAGGACAAAUUUCGUGUUUCUUGGCCCAAGCAAGUCUGUUCUUCUCAUUGUUGUCCUUUAGUAGUGGUUUCUUUGCAGCAAUUCAACCAUGAAGGCCUGAUUCACACAGUCCCCUCUGAACAGUUGAUGUUGAGAUGUGUCUGUUACUUAAACUCUGUAAAGCAUUUAUUUGGGCUGCAAUUUCUGAGGCCGGUUAACUCUAAUGAACGUAUCUUCUGCAGCAGAGGUAACUCUGCGUCUUCCAUUCCUGUGGCGGUCCUCAUGAAAGCCAGUUUCAUCAGAGCGUUUGAUGGUUUUUGCGACUGCACUUGAAGAAACUUUCAAAGUUAUUGCCCUUCAUGUCUUAAAGUAAUGAUGGACUGUCGUUUCUCUUUGGUUAUUUGAGCUGUUCUUUUUUUAUUUUUUAUUUUGUUUUUGGGGGGGGGGGGGGGUGGGGGGUAGAUCAGCUUCAUAUUGCAGAUAGAUUGUAACUUCUAUCAAUGUAAUUGUCUGCAUCACUUCCAAUCCCCCAUGUUUUUUAUAUAUAUACUCCCCUUUAUUACUUUUCAACCCCGCCAUCCUUUCCCUACUUGGGGUAAAUUAGUGAACAACAAUGCCCAGGCCUCUACUUCCAGCCUAUACUUACUAUCUACACCUUAUGGACACAGUCAAUUUUACAAUAAUUAUAUUUUAUUUGGGGUUUUUUGUUUUUGCUCCUGAACUUCUUCUACUCUCAACCUCUCCGAUCAUUUUCAUGAUGUCCAUCCGGUUUGCUUCUAUAUGCCAUAUCUUUCUAACUGUGCUCUUUCCCAAAAGCUCCCAACAUACAACCUAUAUACUUAUCAUGGACACAGUAUGCUUACAUUAUUAGUUAUCUUGUUAUUAUUUGUUGUUAUUUGUUAUUAGUCCCAUCCUUCAACUCCAUUCAAUACCUCCCAUCUAUCUCUUAACACCAUCCAUAUAGGAUUUCUAUUUGCCAUAUAUAUUUCAACCGUACUGUGAUGUUUUACAAAAGUUCUGAACCUUUCUAUUCUCAUUAUUUGUUCUGUUGAUAGUGGACAACCUUGUUUCACUCCUCUUGACAGUUUAACAUUUUCUGAGAAAUAGCCAUUAUUUACUAUUUUACACCUAGGGUUACUAUACAUGAUUUUGACCCAUUUUAUAAGAGCUUAUUUGAGCUGUUCUUGCCAUAAUAUGGACUUGGUCUUUUACCAAAUAGGGCUAUCAUCUGUCACAACACAACUAAUUGGCUCAAAUGCAUUAAGAAGGAAAGAGAUUCCACAAAUUAUCUUUUAACAAGGCACACUUUCCAGGUGACUACCUCAUGAAGCUGAUUGAGAUAAUUUCAAGAGUGUGCAAAGUUGUCUUCAAGGCAAAGGGUGGCUAUUUGACACUUUUUUGGUUACUACAUGAUUCCAUAUGUGUUAUUUCAUAGUUUUGAUGUCUUCACUAUUAUUCUACAAUGUAUAAAAUAGUAAAAAUACAGAAAAACCCUUGAAUGAGUAGGAGUUCUAAAACCUUUGACCGGUAGUGUACAUACAUACAGUACAGACUGUACAUACAGCACACAGAUAUACACAUCACAUAUAUUGUACACGGCUAUGCACACAACAUGUACCUCUCUGUAUAUUUAUGUACACACACAGACAGAUGCUGCACAUACAAACAACACACAGAUAAACACACACAUGAUAACGGCUAAUCACAGGAGGUUGGUGGCACCUUAAUUGGGGAGAACAGGCUCGUGGUAAUGGCUGGAGCGGAAUGAGUGGAAUGGUAUCACAUACAUUAAACACAUGGUUUCCAGGUGUUUGAUGCCAUUUCAUUCGCUCCAUUCCAGCCAUUAUUAUGAGCCGUCCUCCCCUCAGCAACCUCCACUGCGGCUAAUGUAUGUCUAUCUGGCCGAUAAACUGUAUGUGCGUGUGUAUAUAUGAGCGUGGCUAACUGGUGUGUAUUUCCGUGUUUACGUGUCUCUCAAUCUCCAGCCCAUAGACUAUGAGGUAAAUCGUUCCUUCAUGUUGACGGUGCUGGCUGAGAAUGAGGUUGCCCUGGCCCGUGGUAUCCACCUGCCCCGUCAGUCCACCGCCACCGUGUCUGUACGCAUCGCAGAUGUCAACGAGAGCCCAGAGUUCUCCCCCAACCCUAAAGCCAUCAAACUGGAGGAGGGACUACCAGCCGGCUCGCUACUCACCACCUUCACAGCACACGACCCUGACAGAUACAUGCAGCAGAACAUACGGUACGGAGAGGAGAGAGAAAAAGAGGGGAGAGAGUAUUGCAGGGUUGCUCAUGUUAGCUGAUAAUGUUUUAUGAUGUUUUAUAUGUGUUGAAUGUGUAUGUUUCAAAUGCAUUAUAGAGUGUCAUGUUACUUCCUGUUGUAAUUGUGUUCUCUCAUCCUUUUGGUUGAUAUCCAGGUAUUCGAAGCUGUUUGACCCUGCUAAUUGGCUGGAGAUCGACCCUGUAAACGGGCGGAUCUCCACAAUCGCUGUGCUGGACAGAGAGUCUCACUAUGUGAAGAAUAACCUCUAUAACGUCACCUUCAUGGCCUCUGACAAUGGUGAGUUGUGUGUGUAGGCCUAUACUGUUUUUAGAGCUUACUGUGUUUAUAGCUGUGUUUAAUGUGGGAGGAUGGGAGAUGGGGUACUCUUGCAGGGAAGCUCUUUGAGCUCGAUCUUACUAUUCACAUUAAUUAAAUUCAGUUACAAUCCAUUCAGUCUGAAUCACUUUCUUAGCACGAUAAUACAAAUAUUUUGUUGCCAAAAUCCCCCAAAAUUCUAAGACCAUCUCAGAUGACAAUGGCAGUACUGCUUCAGAAAAUGAUAUGUGUACGGAUGAGCAUACAAACUAGUGCUCACAUACACAUUCUCUAAAAACACUCUCUCCCUGUCACAUGCACACACACACACACACACACACACACACACACACCACAGAGCCCCUGCUGUGUCUGAGCUUAAUUUUGACUGAGCUCUUCAUUGUGCUUUUGCCAAAUACACACACACAUGCUCCUGCUCUCUCUCACUCACACACACACACACACACACACACACACACACACACACACACACACACACACACACACACACACACACACACACACACACACACACAGGCAGAUGUGUGCCUCAGACAGACUCCCUAACAUACUGAUCUCUCUUUCCCUCAUUCCCUUACUCACUCUCCUGGUGUGUAUGUUGAAUCACACGUUUCUCUCAUCACAUCUCUUAUUUAGAAGGUUAGUUUUACUGAGGUCAGAUGUAGCUGUUGACAGAGUGUUGUUUUGAGAAGUUUGGAUGUUGCAAUAUGGUUUUGGGUGUGGCAUAAUAUUAUGUAUGACAGCAUGAAUCGUGUUUGUUUUGAAUGCUGUAUUGUGCCUAUGAGGAUUCUUAUUACCCUGUGUUUUUGGCAGUGGUUGGAACCAAAAUUAUUUUCCAAUCGUUUCGUUCUGAACAGACCCACUAUUUUUGUUCGUUUCGUUCAACUGAACCGAUUCGAACCAAAAAAACGUACCGUUUAUGUCACGUUCGCCUAAGAAGUAUGACCAAAGCGCAGCGUUGGGAGUGAACAUCUUGACUUUAAUAAUUCAACACGAGAAUCCAAAACAAACCACGAUCGUGAAGUCCUCAGUGACAACUACUGAACAAUGAACAAAAACCCACAACCCCAAGGUGAACAAUGACAGUUUAAAUAUGGCUCCCAAUCAGAGAUAACGAGCCGACAGCUGACACUCGUUACCACUGAUUGGGAGAAACAACCAAUAACCACCCAACCAACCCAAACACAACAAUACUUAACACACUCUGGCUAAAAACCCAAGUCCCGGAACCAGAGCGUGACAGUACCCCCCCCUAAAGGCGCGGACUGCGACCGCGCCUCAAAAACCCAAAUAGGGGAGGGCUGGGUGGGUGUUGCUCCUCGGAGGCGGCUCCGGCUCCGGGCUUGACCACCACCCUACAUAACUCCCCCCGUAAUGGCCCCGGUCCAAUCCAACCCAGCUGGCUGGAUCCAAACUGAUGACGAGCACCCCUAGCUUGGCGCGUGAGACAGGAACGGACCGGACCUGGCCGACGAUACGCACCCUCGGCUUGGUGCGUGGAGCCGGAACGGACCUCCUCAGGUUGACGACUCGCCUCCCUGGCUUGGUGCGAGUAGCAGGAAUAGGCUGAACCAGGUUGACGACUCGCCCCCUUAGCCUGGUGCGAGUGGCAGGAACAGUCCGGGUUGGGCCGGCGACGCACACCGUAGUCUUGGUGCGUAGAGCAGAGACAGGCCGGGCUGGGCUGGCGACGCACCCCCUAGGCUUGGUGCGUAGAGCAGGGACAGGCGGGGCUGGGCUGGCGAAACGCACCACAGACUUGGUGCGGGGCGCAGGAACAGGCCGGGCUGGGCUGGCGACGCACCCCCUAGGCUUGGUGCGUAGAGCAGGGACAGGCCGGGCUGGGCUGGCGAAACGCACCACAGACUUGGUGCGGGGCGCAGGAACAGGCCGGGCUGGGCUGGCGACGCACCCCGUAGGCUUGGUGCGUUGAGCAGGGACAGGCCGGGCUGGCGACGCGCACCGUAGGUUCAAUGCGAGGAACAGGAACAGACAGAACCGCACUGGGGACACACACCCCUGGCCCUACACGGGGAUCAGGAACGGGCCGGACCGGACUGGUAACACACCCCAGUACCUCUCGCCGUACCUCCACACUUUCCUUCCCCUUCAUGACCAGUGGCCCCCUUAAACUGGCGGCCAUAUCUGCCAACCUCUUGCACUCCUCCGGGCCGUACACCUUCUGCCCCGACGUCGUGAGCCCCCCCCUAAAAAUUUUCUGGGGGUCUCUCCUCCCCGUGGACCAGGCAUCUAUCUUCCUCGCCAGACUCUCCAGACUCUCCAUCCUCUGCUCCCAAGUCCAACCUCUCUCCUCCUCACGCGGCUUGACCCAGUCGAAGUGGAUAUCCGCUAGAGUUGCUUCUGGCGUUGGCUCCUGGACACGCUGCUUGGUCUCGUUGUGGUGGGUUUUUCUGUCACGUUCGCCUAAGAAGUAUGACCAAAGCGCAGCGUUGGGAGUGAACAUCUUGACUUUAAUAAUUCAACACGAGAAUCCAAAACAAACCACAAUCGUGAAGUCCUCAGUGACAACUACUGAACAAUGAACAAAAACCCACAACCCCAAGGUGAACAAUGACAGUUUAAAUAUGGCUCCCAAUCAGAGAUAACGAGCCGACAGCUGACACUCGUUACCACUGAUUGGGAGUCACUCAACCAAAUACAGAAACAACCAAUAACCACCCAACCAACCCAAACACAACAAUACUUAACACACUCUGGCUAAAAACCCAAGUCCCGGAACCAGAGCGUGACAGUUUAUAUCGUUCCUUUGUGUUCCUUUUUUAACGUUUUUUACAUUUAGCUCACUAACUUACUUCACCAAUCAGUGCGGAUAGAGCAGGUAAGCUAGUUGUUUACAUGCGUGAUGGACAGACAAGUGUAGCCUAUGGCGCAAGAUGCGACUGAAAUGUUGCAGGUGGCAAGAGAGGGUUGAGGAGGAGGCUUGAAACGCUGGGCAUCUUGUUUUGACAUGCAUUAUAUGAAUUAGGUCCACAUAAUUAUACCUAGGAGGAGUGGCUUCUCUGGAGGAACUUUGAAUGUCCUUUGAGCUAGCUAGCUAACAAGCUUGCGCUAGAUAGCUAACAAGCUUGUGUGUGCAGAGCGGUACCAGAAUUUAAAACACGUCUUACCUUUUUGUAGUUAAUAAAUCCAAUGUGAAACAUCAUAACUAGGCCUGUUGUAUCCUUAACUAGCUUUUAAAAAGUCAAUCCAUUAUUCUCUAGCUAAUAAAAAAUCUGGCUCCCUAUCUUCUGAAUUUAGCAUUAAUGUAACAUCAGUACAGUCAGUAGCCUGUUUGGGGAUUUAGGCUGGGUUUCUGUAUAGCACUUUGUGACAUCUGCUGAUGUAAAAAGGGCUUUAUAAAUACAUUUGAUUGAUUGAUUUAGCUUGCAGGCAGAUACUGGAAUACGUUUUUGAGUGACAGAGUGAGGGCUUUGCAUAGGCGCUUAGUUGGUUUUGUUGUGGGACUAGAAAAAAAUGCCGGGAACGUAAAAUAACGUUAUUAACCCGUUCCCAUGCAUUUAAAAUAGCGGUUCUGUUCCAGGGUCUGUUUCUGUUCCUUGAAAAAGAAAAUCCUGAUUUUCAGUUCUGUUCUCUGAACCAGUUCCAACCCCUGGUAUCUCCUCUCAACAUAUAAAUAGUUCAGUACAGUAUCUAUGUUGCACCAAACAGGUUGCCUUUUUGACAUAUUUUAUUUAUUUAUUCAUAUCUAAGGGGCCUUUUACUCCACUUUGCUUAUCUCACUGGUCUCUCCUUCUCUUGCUCCUCCAUCCCUCCAUCCUCUCUCUCAGGCAUCCCCCCUGCCAGUGGUACGGGUACGUUACAGAUGUACCUUUUAGACAUAAACGACAAUGCUCCUCGUGUCUUCCCUCCGGAGGUGGAGAUG